UCUCAGUAGACCAACCGGCAGUUGGUAGCCUAAUCCAAUAUAUUAAAGCCCUUGUUGGACCUCCUUUCAAAAUUACCCUUUUGUCAUCUUCCUUGGAGUUUUUUAUUUUUCGGUUCUACUAACUUAGCUGCUUUAAUUCAAACUUCUGACACAAAUAUACACGCACUCUCUAUCAAAAGAAUUUCAAAUUUCGUCAAAAAAGAAUUUCAAAUGGUCUCUCAAAUGGACAUAUUUUCUCUCACAGCUCGGACGGGAAGCUAACUGCAGAAGGUUCAUUGGAGAACAAUUCUGUAACUAUUAGCCGCUUGUUGCUGUCUACCAAUCAAUACUCCGUAAGCUGAUCAAAUGCCGAGAUCAAGUGCAAAGGUGACAAAUGCUAAGUAUAACAUGAAUAAGCAUGUUGACAAAUGCGGUGAAUGGUGAAGGAUAUUUGUGCUUAAAUUCUAAAAGCAUUGCUUUGCUUAGGGUUCAGAUAUGCCUCAAAGGCAGUCUACUCGAGGUCCUCAUCCACUUAGCUCUGAGUCAGACUCACAUUCACUGCAUCAUCGAUCAGUUAGGAAUCCAAGUUCCAAGCUGGGAGAUCGUCGAUCACCACGGGGUCCCCAUACUGAAUCACUAGAUCAAAAGAAAUUAGGCACCCGCAUUGCGGACUUAGAAUCUCAGCUUGGCCAAGCACAGGAAGAGCUGAAGAUUCUCAAAGAGCAGUUAGCAUCUGCGGAAGCUGCAAAGAAAGAAUUGGAGACGAACGCAAAGAAACCAGUUGCUUUAGAAUCUGAAGGACAUCCUUCGACUGAAAUCCAGCACCUCAAAAUAGCAGACAGCAAUGCUGCAGAUGAAAUUUCCAAUGACAACCUGCAGGAAACUGAUGUUUCUCAAGUUCCAAUAGAAAAAGACACUGUGGAAGCCCAGAUACAAUUAACUGUUCAGGUUGAAAAAGGAAAGCACGCAAUUGAAAUAACUCAACCACCUGAAAUUUCUAAGCCAGAUGAACCAUCAUUCCCUGACUUGGCUUUAAAAGAUGACGAGAUAAAUAUGCUAAAAGCCAAGUUAGAAAAUAAAGAACAUGAAUUGGAAAUUAAAGGGAAUGAGAAUAAGCAUUUGAAGAAUCUGCUGAAUGAAGCAAAUUCUAGCAAUUCAGUUGCCAAAGAGAAGGAAGAAGAAAUGUUAUCCAAGUUAAGCCAAAUGGGAAAAGAGCUGGAAGAAAGCCAAGCAAAUGCAGAUCAUUUAAAAGGUAAGCUGGAAGCUGCAGAAGAAGCCAGGGAAGCUUUGGAAACGGAAAUAAGGAAGAUGAGAGUGCAGACAGAGCAGUGGAGAAAAGCGGCAGAUGCAGCAGCAGCAGUGCUUGCUGGAGCAGUGGAGAUCAAUGGCAGGAUUACUGAGAGGUGUGGUUCAAUGGAUAAGCAUUUUGGUGAUGGUGUAUUUGAAUCACCAGCUGGUUUUGUGGGAUCACCUGGAGUGGCUGAUGAUUUUGAUUAUGGUUUUGGAAGUGGAAAACGAAAGGGUUCUGGUAUUAAAAUGUUUGGAGAUUUGUGGAAAAAGAAGGGCCACAAGUAGAGAGACCCUUGUGAUAUUCUCAAUUCUCAUGCUACCCAAAUGCAUUCUUAUGUGCAUCUGCAAUUAGUGUUAAGAUUGACUUGUAACCUUCUAGAGAUUGUCUUAAUUAAUUAUAUAAUGGGCUUUCAUUUAUGGUCUA